AUGCCUAUACCCGGGUCAAAUGUCACGGCACUUUGCUUGUCAGUCAUGGGGAACCGCAUCUCUACUGCGCUUCUGCUGCUCGCCAACAGCGCUGACCCAUAUCUACGACAGGAGGGGUACGCUCGAGGGAUGCCGACCAUUGUCCACAUGGCAUGCGCGCUCGGGCGGGCCGAGCUGACCGAGCAGUUUCUAGCCAGCCAGCACAUAGAAAACGAUCCCACAGAGCUACUGGCCUUUUACCAGCUCAGAUGCCCGUCCGACGUCCCAAACCUAGCGAGAGCGCUGGUUCGGCAUGGUGCAGAAGUGUCAGACGACCUAUUCCACGCCUUUCUAUGUGCAUCGAGAUGGCUGUCGGCCUGGGAGCUGCUCGAGUCGCCCACAUUCUCCGACCACCUGACGGCAAGCCAAGCGAGCAAUAUGCUGCUGGUUGUGUGGUCUUCUUGUGGAGGUAGCCAGACCACGAACCAUCAGAGACAAUUGCGCGCAUACUACAACACCUCCUUGACCGGGGCGCCGAUCCCGACCUGGGCAGGUGCCUCUGGCCCCGAGGCCGGAAUGGACGUGCGACCUGCGCCCAAAACGCGGCGACGCAAGCUGCCCGCCAAGUAUGAAAUCGACGACCUCCUCGGCGACACAAGCCCCUAUGACAAGAGCCAGGACGACAAGGGUGCAGCCGCUCAGCUAGCUGUCAUCCGCCUGCUGCUGCAGCACGGCGCUCCCAUUGGCGGGGCUACGCGCGGCGAUGCUCUAGACUCGUAUCCCCUGGUGCCUGGUGAAUACGGCGGACGAGUCGGGGUCUUCUUCGUUUUGUCGGAGGAGUUGCGGUUGGCCAUGUGCCAGCCUGUCUGGCAGGGGUCCCAGGUGCAGCAGCACAUGGAAGAAUUCGACGACGACUACGACUACGCCGACAAGACCAUAGAGCAGCUGGGCGCGAUUUUGCGUCGACGUUCUCCGGCUCGAUCCCAAGACGUGCCUCAAGUCCACCACCAUCAGCAAGAUAUACAACUUCUUUAUCUGGGUCUCCUAAGCCAAGAAGAAGGCAAGGGUGGCCGCAAGAAGAAGGGGGUCGAGAAAGUCAGCCCCCUGGGCACGAUCUGGAAGCAGUUCCUGCUUGUGUAUGCAAGAGACGUGGGCGAGAAGCCCGACGCGAAGCUGUGCCGCAAGGCGCGCAAGGCGAGGAGACUGCUGCCCCGGCCGGCUGCUAUCUCUCGGGCCUUGCGCGAUCCUCGCGUUGGCGAGCUCGAGCUCGUACAUGAGUUUUACGAUGCCAGCAGUCUUACCAGCAGAGUGGAUGUGUCGAAGGGAAUAUUGGUGAACUUGUAA